GGAUUUCCCUAAUGAUAAUGAGCAUCUUUUUAAGUUCUUGUUGGCCAUUUAUGUAUCUUCUUUGGAGAAAUGUCUCUUCAGGUCUUUUGCCCAUUUUUAAAUUGGGUUGUUUGUGUUUUGCUGUUGAGUUGUUAGAGUUAUUUAUAUGUUCUGAAUACUAGAUCCUUGUGUAUAAUUUGCAAAUAUUUUCUUCCAUUGUAUAGGUUGUAUUUUGACUUUCUUGAUAUCCUUUGAUAUACAAAAGUUUUUAAUUUUGAUGGAGUCAAAUUUAUCUUAUUCUUGUUGUUCAUGCUUUUGGUGUUAUAUCUAAGAAUUCAUUGUCAAAUCCAACAUUGAGAUUUACCUGUAUAUUUUCUUCUAAAAGUUUUAUGAUUUUACCUCUUAUAUUUAGAUGUUACUCUAUUUUGACUUAAUUUUUGUAUGCGGUCUGAGGUAGGGGUCCAGCUUCAUUCUUUUACAUUUGGAUAUCCAGUUGUACCGAGUACCAUUUGUUGAAGAUGCUAUUCUUUUCCUAUUGAACGGUGUUAGCACCCUUGUUGAAAAUUGACCAUAGACAUAGAGGUUUGCUUCAAUUUUUUUCCAUUGGUCUGUGUCCUCAUGGCAGUACCACACAAGUUGAUAGUUUUUACCUGCGGUAUAUGCUAGUGUAGUGUAUUGAUUUUUCAAGCUUUGAUUACAUUUUAGAAAUUUUUUAAAACUUUGGGUAAAUUUAUUAAACAAAUUAUUUCAUCUAAGUGUCAGCUUUAUAACAACACACAUACUUAAUAGAUGGUUUUAUUUUAAAACUUUUUGCUGUUUCAUCAUUUGUCUGACUUCAUACAGAAUAGUGAUGUAGGUAUACAUUAUAUGUACAUUGUAAUUGGAUUUUCACUGUGAGUUAAAUUUACCUUGAACCUCUAAAUGAAGUGCUAGUUACAUAAAUUCAUCCUGCCAGAAGAUGUGAUGGGAGCAGAGUAGGAACAGCAGAUUUGGACUAAGCAUUACACUGGGAAGGAAUCACAUACCUAUGACUUCUAGAGAAAAGAUGGUUAGAAAUACUGAUUUUUACCCAGGUUAUGGUUUUUAACUUUAGUAAAUACAACAGAUCAGAAUAUGAUAUGCCUUUUAAUGAAGUCUAUUUUAAUCUUUCUGUUUUUACCCUGUAGUAAUUUAUUUGCUAAAGAAACUGGGUUGUUUGUCCUUUUGUUUCUCACAGUCUAGCAUUUGUUGAUUGAAUUCCUGUGGUGCAGUUUAGUAUGUUCCUGUGUUCUUCUUUUCCUGUAAAUUGGUAUUUGGAUAUACCAAUUCAAAUCCUAAUGACUACUAGAUCAAAUUUUGGUAAAUUUUAUUUUGUUAUAUGUUCCCUUCAUAGGUAAUGUUUAUGCCUUCCAUCAGGAAGCAUAUCAUACCUGCUUAUGUCUUUUUCCAUUAUGUUAGCUAAGUUUACCUCAAUUCACUUUAGUUUUAACAAUUCAAAGGAUUUUAGUGAGACAGGACAGUGGAUAUGAACUGUAUAGCCCAAGAAUCUGGGUUCAGGUUUUGAUUCUUUACGUACUAGUUCUGUAAUUUUAGAAAGCCGCUUUCCCUUUCAGUGUUAAGUUCCUUAUCUGUAUGAUGAAGAUGAUGAUGUGUAUUCAUAGGGUUGUUUUGGAGAUUAAAAGAGGUAAAUACAUGGACUACUAUUGUUGUUUUAUGAAUUUUAAAAUAUCAUAAAUCUAAAGGGUGGUUUAUCUUGAUUUGUAAAUGAGGAAAUUUAAGUUUGGAUGGCUAAUUUUUUGGCUUAUCUGGGUUUAUUUUAGGAAAGAAGUAAGAAAUUAUUCAGUAGCUCUCCUUUGUCCCUAUUAAUGUGAACAGUUAGGUUUAGUAAUCACUCAUAAUAAACUUAAUUCAAAAGUGAUUUUUGCCAAUGCUUGGGAUGUUGGUGUGUAUUAAUACUAAUGGGCCCCACUUAAUGCUGGAAAGUAGGCUCCUUGUUGAACAGACUGUAUACCAUGGUGCAUUUUGAGCUUGUAGUCCACUGAGAAAUAUUCUUUUUUUCAUAAGGAGCUUACUGUUAAUGUUUGUGUUUUACAGUGUAAUGUUCAAGCCCAGAAAUGCCUUAUGUGGAUCGUCAGAAUCGCAUUUGUGGUUUUCUAGACAUUGAAGAAAAUGAAAACAGUGGUAAAUUUCUUCGAAGGUACUUCAUACUGGAUACUAGAGAAGACAGUUUCGUAUGGUACAUGGAUAACCCACAGAACCUACCUUCUGGAUCAUCACGUGUUGGAGCCAUUAAACUUACCUACAUUUCAAAGGUUAGCGAUGCAACUAAGCUAAGGCCAAAGGCUGAGUUCUGUUUUGUUAUGAAUGCAGGAAUGAGGAAGUACUUCCUACAAGCCAAUGAUCAGCAGGACCUAGUAGAAUGGGUAAAUGUGCUGAACAAAGCUAUAAAAAUUACAGUACCAAAGCAGUCAGACUCACAGCCUAAUUCUGAUAACCUAAGUCGCCAGGGUGAUGGUGGAAAGAAGCAAGUGUCUUACAGAACCGAUAUUGUUGGAGGUGUACCCAUCAUUACUCCAACUCAGAAAGAAGAAGUAAACGAAUGUGGUGAAAGUAUUGACAGAAAUAAUUUGAAACGAUCACAAAGCCAUCUUCCUUACUUUACUCCUAAACCACCUCCAGAUAGUGCAGUUAUCAAAGCUGGAUAUUGUGUAAAACAAGGAGCAGUGAUGAAAAACUGGAAGAGAAGAUAUUUUCAGUUGGAUGAAAACACAAUAGGCUACUUCAAAUCAGAACUGGAAAAGGAACCUCUCCGUGUAAUACCACUUAAAGAGGUUCACAAAGUCCAGGAAUGUAAGCAAAGUGACAUAAUGAUGAGGGACAACCUCUUUGAAAUUGUAACAACGUCUCGAACUUUCUAUGUGCAGGCUGAUAGCCCUGAGGAGAUGCACAGUUGGAUUAAAGCAGUCUCUGGCGCCAUAGUAGCACAGCGGGGACCAGGCAGAUCAGCGUCUUCUAUGCGGCAGGCCAGAAGGCUGUCGAACCCUUGUAUACAGAGGUAUACAUCAAGAGCUGGUGAAUGCAGCACGAGCAUUCAGAAUCCAAGCACGCUUUCCGUUCUGCCAGCGCAGCAGCCUCCGCCUCACAUUCCACAGCCAUCCGCAGCAACUCUCUGGUCUCAAGCUUUACCAUGGAAAAGCGAGGAUUUUACGAAUCUCUUACCAAGGUCAAGCCAGGGAACUUCAAGGUCCAGACUCUCUCUCCAAGAGAAUCAGCUUCCAAAGUGACUGAACAAGCUCUGCUAAAACCUCAAAGUAAAAAUGGCCCUCAGGAAAAAGAUUGUGACCCAGUGGACUUGGAUGAUGCGAGCCUUCCGGUCAGUGACGUGUGAGACGGAAGCGUGUGGAGCCUGUGCCGUUGGCCAUCCUCAGUUUCCUUUCAUGAGGGCUCUAGCCAAAGAUGAUAAAGGGUGGAAUGGUUUCUAAUGCAUAUGUUAUACUGCCUCUUAGAUAUUCUCUUUAUAAGCUGGAAAACCAAGAAUCUAGGGAGUGGCCAAACUAAAUAUAAUUUCUUUUUUAAAAAAAAGAAAGAAAAGAAAAGUGCUAAGUGUCUCAGAAUCAUCUGUCUGAAGCUUUGUGCGUUCUCAUUUGGGUGGUAAAAAUGUAUGUGUGAUUUUUUUUUUCCUAGUGACUUUGGCAGUUUAAAAGUUAAACUACUUAAAACAUGAAAAUGCUUAUUGAUUAUUUUGGUCAUUUUUAAAUGGCUACUAUGACUUUCUAUUAGAUGUUUGAUAUUUACACAUUCUUAUUGGUUAAUAUUACUGAAUGAAAUAUUGCCAGACUAAAAUACCUAAACUCAUGAAGUCUGUGGUGCUGUUGAAUUUUUAUUAUACUACAAUGUGGACUAUUUUGAAAUUAUAACCAUUUUUGAUGCCCUGGAUCUUGAAGUGAGUGGUAAAUUUUGCAGAGAGGAUAUUAUCAGUGAGGGUUGUGGAUUGCACUGGGGUAGAGAAAAGGGGAAAGUUAGAAUUCAAAUAAUUGUAUCUUAGAUACUUAUUUGAAAAAGCUUAAUCAGGACUUGCAACAGUCAGUGCUUUUAUUCAAUGAAAAAUUACCUGGUAGGAAAUUUUUGGGAGAUCUGAUUUUCUUAUCAAAGUUUUGUAAAUAAAUAGUUCUGAUUUCUAUAUUUGGAUCAUCAAAAGACCUCAAGUUUAUAUGUAAAGACAUAACUGCCCUUAGUCAUGAAAUUGUUGUGGCCUCUACUUUUUGUCACUAAUAACCUAUAUUCAAGUGCCUGUGUUUUUUCAUCUUGUUUAGGAAUGUUUUGAGAUUAAUGUGCUUAAAAGUCCUACAUGAUUGGUUUUAAACAUUGGGAUAAAAUUAAUUUUCAGUAGCAUAGUUUAAUAUGUUAAAUAAGAUAGCAUUUUAUGUUAAAAAUACCAGAAUGCUGGUAUUCUACUACCUGUGCAAUAUAUAUCUUUUAAAAAACAAAUUUGAAUAUACAUUUAAUCAUGGGGAUAUCAUAUAUAUAAGCACCUCUCUAAAGAAUCCUUAGUUUCAGGUGUUGAAUUAUAGACUAGUUUGAGCAAGUACCAUUUUUUCAGUUCAGUCUUAAACAUUUGCUUUAAGAAAACAAUCUUGAAUUUCACAUGCUGCUAUUUUUAUGAUGUUUUGCCAUUUUAUAGUACUGUUUUGUUUUGAAUUCAUACAUAUCACCAUUUCUCCUUUUCAUUUUCUAAGAUGACUUUUUGUCUGAGACAGAGAAAGAGAGAAAUUUCCUACUAUAGUGGUGGGGUCCAGAGGUUAAGAUAUAUUAUACUAGAACUACAUAGUCUCAGUUUAAAAAUCCAUAUGCAUAAAGAAUACACCACUCAACUUUUUUAUUCAUAAGCUAAUAUUUUUUAAAAGUUAUAUUUAGAUUUUUUUCUCUUUUGCAGCUACAUUUUAAGAUGAUAGAAUGAAAAAGUUUAAGUAAUUACUUUUUCUGCUAUGUCUAUUAUAAUGGUUCUUUUGAAAGGUCCUUUUACAUGAACACACCUAAGAAAUCUUAUAUAGACACUUUGUAAUAUUCAGAGCCUGAUACUGUUUUCUUUGGUAUAGCUUCCACAUUGCAUGUUUGUUUUAGCAUAUUUUGGUAUUGGCAAUUUGAUAAUAUUUCAUGGUGGCAAAGUAUUAGCUCUAUUUUGGGACUUUUAUAGAACUACCCAUAUUUAGUAGUAUAGAAAAUGUUCUUGUGAUUGUCAGGGUCUCUUAAUAUUUAUCUCAAUUCCUUUAUAAGUCUAUGGAAAUUAUUUAAUUAUUUUAAAACUUACACUUUUGUAAAUAUGUCACAUCUGAGUUGUCAAAAAAUUACUUUGAAUACCUUAAUAUUUGCUGCAUUUUUUUUUCUGUAUAUAUAACAUGUCUUCUUUUGGAAUGGAAUAUGUAUGCCUCCCAAUGUUUAUUGUUAUGUUGUUAUCUUUAUUAUAUAUGUCAAACUGGUUGAACACUGUAAUGACUUGAGAAUAAACUGCUCAGAAUUUAUUCUAA